AUGAAGCUGUUAAUUACGGCAUGCUACGUCCCAUUGAUGCUGAGCGCCGAUCUGUCCGUGUGCUAUGGCGAGAAGCACCCUGGUCAAUCAAAGAGCCUAUCGUCAAUCUCUAGUCUUUCAGAGCAACAUAAGAAUGAAGAUGCCAUGCGUUCGCAUUUUAGAGACGUUCGCAAGUUGAUCAAGCGGAAAAGUAGGAAAUUGAAGAAGUUGAACGAGGAAAUAAAGCAGUUGCGGGCGAGGAUGCAAUUAAUGGGCGGCGGUGGCGGUAAACGAAUGGCAGAAAGUAGACUUUUGUCGAAGGAAAGAAAGUUGAACGUCGGCGGCAUCUUCGAUUUCGACCUGGCUCGCUGGCAGAAGAGGGUCGACCGCCAACUGAGCGAUUUGUACCAGCGAGUGGCGAAGAUCAGCGAAGCGACCAUCACCUCGUCGAAAAGGCGGCACUGGCCGGGCACGAAGGCCAAGAACAACAAAUCGAAGAAGAAGCAUGACGGUGCUUCAGCGGCCAAAAUGGCCAGUGUCCAUCUGCUGCAGAAGAAUGCGAUCGUCGACCGCGUGCGUCUUCCUCCCUUGUCAUCAUCAUCGAAAAUCUCGUCGGCCCUCAACUUCACGAAACGCGGCAACCAGGGUUCCGCCUGCUCCAGUCAUCGUGAUUGUAAACCAGGUAGUGCUGAUCUUAAUUUUAAGUUUUUUGUUGAAGUAGGCAUGUUUGAUUGCUUGAGGGGAGUCGGAGUGCAGAGAAACAAUUACUAG